CUCCCUGCUGCCUCCUCGAGCCGCGGCUGAAGGCUGCGGCUGCUGGCCUGCCAGGCUUCCCUCCUGCCACUGGUAUAGUUGCCUCUUGUCCUGGAGGCCGGCAGAGCCUUCUUGAGGGCCUGGGGUGGCUCAUCGGGCCUCCUCCCCCUCCCCACUGUCUGGGUGGGGGUGGGAAGGGGGCGGGUGCAGCCGGCUGAGGAGCCCGAUGAUUUCCUGCCCUCACCCGGCGCUCACCACAGCUUCCUGCCGCAGGCGGGCGGGCGAGGAGGAGAGGCGGGCGCCAAGCUGAGGGGCAGGUAGGACUGGGGUGCAGGGUCUGCGCAGGGUGGCUGGUGCCUCAGACUCCAGUCAAGGCCCUGGCCUGACCGCCUGGGGAUCAAGGGUCUUCCAGAGCCAGCGCUGACCCCCACUCAGUCCAGUGAGAGGAGGGGAUCCAGGGCCCCCAAGGAGGGCACAGCUGUCCCCACCUGGCUCCUGCCUGGUGCCCACUGGUCCCGGCACCUUGCUGGCCCAGUCCUCGCCCUGCUGCAGCUCUGCCCCUGAGGGGCGUGCGGCGAACAGCCAGGCCUGGUCCAGGCUCUCUUCUGCAGAUGGAGGCGGCCAUCCUGAUCCCCUCCGUGCUGGGACCCCUGCUGCUGCCUCUCUUGGCCGUGUUGCUGAUGGCACUGUGUGUGCGCUGCCGAGAGCUGCCAGGCUCAUAUGACAGUGCUGCCUCUGAUAGCUUGACCCCGAGCAGCAUCGUGAUCAAACGGCCUCCCACGCUCGCCCCAUGGCCACCGGCCGCUUCCUACCCGCCUGUUACCUCCUUCCCACCCCUGAGCCAGCCAGACCUGCUCCCCAUCCCGAGAUCCCCACAGCCCCCCGGGGGCUCCCACCGCAUGCCAUCUUCCCGGCAAGGCUCAGAUGGUGCCAACAGUGUGGCGAGCUAUGAGAACGAGGGUGCUUCUGGAACCCCAGGUGCCGUGGCUAGGGGAAGGCUAAGGCCUGCCCCAGGCUUUGCCGACCCCCGUGUCGUUACCCCAGAGCCAGCCUGUGAGGACGCGGAUGAAGAUGAGGAUGAGGAAGACUAUCACAACGAGGGCUACUUAGUGGUGCUUCCUGACACUGUCCCAGCCACCGGCACCGCCGUCCCGCCACCUCCUGCGUCCAAAAACCCCGGCCUCCGAGACAGCGCCUUCUCCAUGGAGUCGGGGGAAGAUUAUGUGAACGUUCCUGAGAGUGAGGAGAGUGCAGAGGCGUCUCUGGAUGGGAGCCGGGAGUACGUGAACGUGUCCCAGGAGCUGCAGCCCACAGCGAGGCCUGAGCCUGCCGCACGGAGAGCCCGGGAGGCGGAGGAUGAGGAAGAGGGAGCUCCAGAUUACGAGAAUCUGUAGGAGCUUAACCGAGAGCCUGUGUGAGGCGUGCCUGCCUGGAACCAGCCUUGCCUGGGACGGCUGAGCUGGGCAGCUGGCAGUGGCUCUGGAGGGCCCCUUGGCACCCUGCCCUGGCUCCAGUCUGACUGCAGCCUGAGAAUUUCCCCCCUAACUUAUUGUCACUUUGGGGUCCAGUCUGUGUGCCCCCAACACUCUGCACCUUCUGACGCAGCCUGAGAAUGAACUACCCUGGCCCCAGCCCUACUCCGUAAUAGAAUAAAGGCUGGUGUGGUCUGUAGUGCUUUUGGCUUCGGGGGGCCCAGUGGGUUGGAGUCAGGGUGAGAGUGGGCUGUGCCUGAGGACUGCAUGUGAGUGUGUGUGUGUCUGUGGGUGUCCGUCCUCCCCAGGCCCUUCGUGCUCCCGAGGGUCCUGACCAGGUACUGUGUGAGUGACAGCGUGAGUGACGGCGAGGACACGUCGCCUGAGUCAGGCACGUCUGGCCCAGGCCGGCACUUCUGGGGCUCAGAUGCACAUCCCCCGAGGUAGCCCAUGGAGACGGCAGAGGAUGGCUGCAAUGAGGGAGAGUGGGGCUUGGGGAAGCACUGGGCGCGGAGUGAAGGUCUGGAGCGGGACCCGUUCCCGCUGGUCCCCAGCUUCUCCAUCUUUAAAACAAGGGGAUGGACUUGACCUCAGAGGGCUAUCUUAAUUCUUACCUUUUGUGGUCCUCAAUAAAACGGAACUUAGAAAUGACCUGAGCAACUGGAAAAGUUGAUGUGCAGCACAGCAUUUUUCAGACUUGGGUGUGUAGACGACGCACGUGGAGUCUCAGAUGCAGAUUCUAGUUCAGUCGGCCUGGAACGGGGCCUGAGAGUCUGCAUUUCUCAGGAGCUCCCAGAUGGUUCUGAUACUGCUGCUCCGAGAACCACACUUGGAGCGGUUCUGAAGUGGCAGCUUCUGGUGGAUGCCCGGUCACUGUGCUUGGCUCUGGUGUGGGUGUGUGGCCUAACCUGGGCCAGUGAGGACCCGCCCUGGGACCUGGGCAGGAAGUGUUGGGAAGAAGCUCUUUUUGUUCGUGGCCGUUGUUAGGCUGGAAUAGUGUAGUCCCGGACCCCCCACUUGGAGAGCCUGCCCAAGAGUGAGGCCAGCCUGGGGGAGAGCGUGGCCCCCUGAUGGACAGGGCCGGUGUCCUGAUGAUGUCAGAACGCCCAGAUCCGGUCACACCUGCAGCGACACCCCUCAGACUUCCCAGUUGUGCAGCCCAAUAAAUUACCAAUUUUCUUCAA